AUGCGCCACGUGCUGCCGGCUGGCCGCGCCGUCGUCUCGCGCGGGGCGCGGGCGGCGGCGAUGGGGUCGUCGGCGGGGGCCGGGGCGGGGGACCCGGGCGGGAACCCGACGGUGGGGAGGCUGCGGGAGAUCUUCCGGGGCGGCGGCGACGCGGCAGGUGAGCUCGCUCAUGGCUGGGAGAAGUCCUGGGAGACUGGCGUAACCCCGUGGGAUCUGGGGAAGCCGACGCCUAUCAUCGAGCAUCUCGUUAAAUCAGGAACUCUCCCUAAAGGAAGAGCGUUGGUCCCGGGAUGCGGCAUGGGUUAUGAUGUGGUUGCUCUGGCAAGCCCCGAGAGAUUUGUCGUUGGCUUAGAGAUUUCUAAUAUAGCUGCUGAGAAGGCUAAGCAGUGGUCAUCAUCUUUGCCAAAUGCAGAUUGGUUUUCUUUUCUGGUUGCUGAUUUCUUCAAGUGGAGACCAAGUGAACCAUUUGACCUCAUUUUCGAUUAUACGUUCUUUUGUGCACUUGAUCCGAGCAUGAGGGGUGCUUGGGCAGAGACAGUUAGUCGCCUUCUGAAACCAGAUGGAGAGCUUAUCACCUUGAUAUAUUUGAUCAGCGAUCAAGAAGGGGGGCCGCCCUACAAUAAUACAGUUGCUGACUAUCAGAAUGUGCUGGAGCCGCUGGGUUUCAAGGCUGUUUGGAUGGAAGACAACGAGCUGGCUAUUAAACCGCGCAAGGGUUUCGAGAAACUUGGAAGGUGGAAGAGAUGCGGCAGGCGGCAAUCUUCUUUGUGA